AUGGCAGGGCACAUCCGACUACCCAUGGCACCAAAUUCUCCAAGCUCGCCGUCAAAGCCGAUGCGCAAGUAUCUCAAGAAACUGUCAAAAGCCAUAAUGAAACCUCACCGAGUUCAACUUCCGAAAUACAACUUACCCGUUCGACUGCGCCCGUGGUUUCUCGUAUUCACCUGCGUUAUAAUGGUGAUAUUUGCUUUCUUAGGGUUCACCAACUUUUCCCGGGCCCUGCCCCUGAACGAUAAGUUCUUACACUUUACUUGUUUGUGCGUCGCAACGGGUGUGUUUUAUUUCGUAUUCGAUGUCGAGGAAGAAGCUCGUAGAAUUUGGUUCUGGCGCCAUUCAGGGUUAAUAUUUACCGCUGUCAUAUGUUUCUUCUUUGGAGGCUUCGUGAGCGAGAUUGUGCAUUCCAUGCUUCCACACAAGGAAUUUCAAUCUGGUGAUGUGGUGGCAAAUUGGCUCGGUUCCACCGUCGGACUCUAUCUCGCAUAUUAUAUUGAGAAAUAUUACCGUUCGCGGAGAGAGAUCGCACGCCUAUACCGCCCCUUGGAGACAGACGACAUUUCCGAUGCAGACGAUGUGUCAGACAACGAAGGGAUGCCCGGAACACAGCUCUUGCCCUUGUACUCUCAUCCCUCAGCCUCAUCCAAGUCAAAGCCUGUUAAAGCCACCCGCUUAAACGACGUCUGGGACGAAAGAGAAGAGUUGUUUGAUAUUGGUGAUGAUAGCGGCGAAGAGGAUGGUGUAGACACACCACAACUGCAGCACGAAAGUUCUCAAGACGUUCCCUCCCCCCCUCCAAAGAUAAUUAUCACCAGUUCAUGA